GAGAGAGAGAGAGAGCAACAUUUUCUACGUACGCAGAACGGGAAAAGAAGUACAUCGCAGCGAUGGCGAGAACCAAGCAGACGGCUCGUAAAUCCACCGGCGGCAAAGCCCCGAGGAAGCAGCUCGCUACCAAAGCCGCCCGGAAGAGCGCCCCAGCCACCGGCGGCGUCAAGAAGCCCCAUCGCUACAGGCCCGGCACCGUGGCUCUGCGGGAGAUCCGUCGCUAUCAGAAGUCCACCGAGCUGCUGAUCCGCAAGCUGCCCUUCCAGCGUCUGGUGCGAGAGAUCGCUCAGGACUUCAAGACGGACCUGCGCUUCCAGAGCUCCGCUGUCAUGGCGCUGCAGGAGGCCAGCGAGGCUUAUUUGGUCGGUCUGUUUGAGGACACCAACCUGUGCGCCAUCCACGCCAAGAGGGUCACCAUCAUGCCCAAAGACAUCCAGCUGGCCCGCCGCAUCCGCGGAGAGCGCGCUUAACCCCGAGUAUCUUUAACCCCCAAAGGCUCUUCUCAGAGCCGCCUCAAUUUGUCUAAAAGUGGAGUUUCCUCGUCGCUGUUGCUGAACUUGUUAAAACCCACUCAAAUCCCACUUCUAGCAUGCGACAUGGAUAUGCAGAAUCUACAGCGAGCUCAAAUGUUUUUCGUUAAUGCAACGCUUCUGUAGGAAGAUCAGGAAAAGCUGAUGUGUUCUGCUAGUGGAUAUUAGAUCUGUCUUUGUUUGAAUGCUUUUCUCUCUGCAGCUGUAAUACUGAUAACAUGUAGAAAGAUGAUUCAGUGCUGGCUAGAUUACUCACAAGUUGUGUUUCGCUACUGAUUCCAAAUUACAUGACAAAAAUAGUACAUAAAAAAAAUUACAUUUUAGGAAAUAUAAUCAGACUGCUUUUAGAUUACUUUGGCCUGUCUCGUUUAUUGCAUUGAUUUAAUUAGGCUAUAUCUCAUAUCUUGUUUG